AUGUUAACAAUAAUUCGAAACAUCGUUGUUUGUCAGCAAACGAAUAUAUUUCGUUUAAAUUCUUUUAUUCGUCUGACUAGUUCACUACAACAAAAAUGUAAAGAACCUGAGAUGACAGGAACAGAUUUUCUUCUUGAUCCAAAUUUAAUUAAAGCAUUUGAAAAAAUUAAAAAAGGCGACCUCGUACCACCAAUAAUCGAUCAUAAUUCAUUACAACCUGACCAAAAAUUGCCAUACAUGGAUAUGAAUACAGAUUCGAAUAGUUCGUUAUCAAAACGUGAACAACUUCGUGAGAAAACUCUUGGUAAACUUAUUUAUAUUGGAAAAUUAGAUAAACCGUUCCGAGCAGCUAAAUCCCUCUCAUUGGCAUCGAGUAUUGGUGGUGCUAUUUGUUAUCCAGUUAUGUUACCCAAAAUUCUUCAUGAAGCAUCUAUAUUUGUGGCUAUUGGUUAUACAAUAAUAUCAGCAACAUUCGUUUUAUUAACGCCAUCACUUAUACAAUUAAUAUGUAAACGAUAUCUAACAUCAUUAUAUUAUCAUGAACAAAGUCAACAAUUUACUGGUUUUUAUAAGAAUUUUUUUAUGAUGGAAAGACAAAUCAAAUUUCGUGCUGAAGAUGUUGUAGUACCUCCAAUCACUGGAAUGUUUACAUCAAUGCUGAUUAAAAGUAAACCAUUCUUUAUUAAUAAUGAUGAUUUUUUUGAUAAACAAAUAUUAAUGAAAAUGUUGGGUUAUGAUAAAGAAUUUGAUUUCAGUAAAUACACAAAAGAUAUACAAAAAGAUGAUGACGACGAUGAUGACGAUGUUAACGUUAAUAAUAACAAUAACAGGACAAAAUGA